AUGUCACAUCGUGGUGGUGGUGAUAGUUCAUCAAACACAGCUAAUGAGCCACAGUCUAAUCCACCAAAUCCAGAAAAGGAAAAUGAAAUGACAGGCGAAGACCUUUUCCGUAUAAAAAGUGCUGUGACCAGCUCGGCAGGCGCAAGCGAUACUGCAGACCAGUCAGUAAUCUCACUCGCGGAUUCAGCUAGCAAUUUCGACGAGCAUGUUGGUGACGAAUUUGACGAAGUUGAAACGGUGGAAACCGCGAAUGGUGAAGCAGCUGACUUGCAGAGCCGAAUAUUCAAUGGGUGGAUGUUUGAUCGUAAACGUCCAUUGAACAUACAACUUCCGCAAGACACAGUUACCGUCUUGAAAUAUCCGAGAAAUCUGCCAAUUCCACCAUGUCCCGAUGGGAUCGAUCCAUCUAGCUGGGCUAAAGCUUUCGAAGAGGCUUCGGUUUAUUUAAUCGGAACUGCCCAUUUCAGCAAAGAAUCUCAAGAAGAUGUCAUCAAGACUAUCGCAAUCACGCAGCCUGAUUUGGUCAUGGUAGAGCUGUGCCCAAGCAGGAUUUCGAUUCUGUCAAUGGAUGAACAAACAUUGUUGAAGGAAGCCAGUGAUUUGAAUACGCAAAAAAUAAUUACGACCAUUAAGCAGAGUGGUGUUGUGCAAGGAGUUUUGCAUGUGCUGUUGCUCUCCAUGUCCGCCCAUAUCACAAGAGAAUUGUCUAUGGCCCCUGGUGGUGAGUUUCGCGCUGCUCACAAGGCAGUUAUGCAAACCCAGCUCUGUCGACUCGUCCUAGGGGAUCGUCCGAUUCACGUCACGCUUCAAGGAUCGCUAGGUUCACUCAACUUUUGGCAGAAAAUCAAAUUUUUCUGGCACGUUGCACUCUCUCAUAGUGCAUCAAUAACUCCUGAAGAGGUUGAGAAAUGUAAGCAACGUGACUUGCUGGAGCAGCUAUUAGCUGAAAUGGCCGGCGAUUUUCCUAAGCUCACUAAGAUUUUUGUAGACGAACGGGAUGCGUAUAUGACUCAUGCUCUUCAUUCUUUGUUGCAAAAGAAUACUAUUGAGAAACGGCUGUCUUGGGAACGCACUGACGUUGAGUGGCAGCCUUUACGGGUAGUUGCUGUCGUAGGUAUCGGUCACACACCAGGAAUUGUUGCUCAUUGGGACAAUCCAGUGGAUAUCGCGCCACUUCUACAUAUUCCUCCUCCGUCUACCUCCACAAAAAAUUACCAGAGCCUUCGUUCUUGGAGCGAUGAGAACUCUCAGAUUGGUGGACUUGUUUUCGGAAGGCCAGCGCGAAAGGAGGUAGUGCUUGUGGUCUUUGCUCCAUCUGAUGCUCUCGUCAAUUCUACUGUCCAAUUCAUGCAGAGUUGUAUGAGUGCAGAUGUCCAGCUUGUGGGAAAUGUUUAUGUAGAAGACGACGAUGCUCCACUCAUAGGAGAUGGCUUUACUCUUACAACAACAAGAGCAAUACUGGAUGCCGCUGAUGCGACAACUUUCCUAACCCAGAACGAUCUGUUGAGGCAUAGUACCCUCAUCCCUGACGGGUUAUCUGUCAGGAUCCAGGUCGGUUUCUCAUGUGCUCUGCGACGAGGGCUUGAAGCUGAAGAUCUACAAUGUGGUAUGGAAAAGUAUACGGCAAGGUUGGAUCAGUUAUCCUUCGCAAAUGUUGAAAGAGGGCUUCUGCUACGUAAAGACAUGAACAAGGAAACAGUGGAAAAGAACCGCCACAUUCUCGAUGAUCUUUCACGAGGUGCUUUACAGUAUAAGGAUUACGUGGAGCUUUCUGCUUAUCGCUGCCUUGCUUUCAAUAACAAGGACGAUUCAGAGGAUCAGAAGAUGGUGCCGAUUGUUCGAGUAACUCGUGAUGGUACGAAGUAUCAGCGUGUUAGCGCCAAUUUGAACGUUACGGUUCCGGUCGUUUUUGGUGAAUGUCCAACUGCUUUAUAUAGUCGUUUACUGGAAGGAAUCCGCCGUAGAGUCCAUGCAAUGGUGUAUGUGAUGAACAAUGGUCUCCAUUGUAUUCAG